AUGUCUGGACAAGAACUUAACCUGGGAGAGGGGAAGCCGCUCUUGGUGGAAGAGGGAAUAACUGUGUUAACGCAAGAUUACGAAAUUCACGAACACGACAUCGAGACAGCUCAUGGAAUCGUCCACGUCACUAUGUGUGGGACACCAAGACAGAACAGACCCCGUUAUCCUGACAUACCAUGAUAUCGGACUGAACCAUAAAAGCUGCUUCAAUGCUCUAUUCAGCUGUGAGGACAUGCAUGAAAUCACCCAGCACUUCUCCGUAUGUCAUGUGGAUGCUCCCGGCCAACACGAAGGAGCCCCUUCCUUUCCAUCAGGGUAUGUGUACCCAUCAAUGGACCAACUGGCUGAAAUGUUGCCUGGAGUAGUACAGCAGCUUGGCCUAAGAAGUGUGAUCGGAAUGGGAAUCGGAGCUGGAGCCUACAUCCUUACAAGAUUCGCUCUGAACCACCCCACCAUGGUGGAGGGCCUGGUGCUCAUUAACAUUAACCCAUGUGCAGAAGGAUGGAUGGACUGGGCGGCCACUAAGCUCUCUGGAUUGACCCAUGGCUUAACCGAUAUGGUGAUCUCCCAUCUGUUUGCCAAGGAUGAAAUCCACAACAACCAUGAUUUGAUUUACACCUACCGCCAGCACAUCAUGAGCAUCAACCAAAAUAACCUAGCACUUUUCGUGAAAUCCUACAACAGCCGAAGAGAUCUAGAAAUUGAACGUCCAGUUCCUGGGAUCAUCGCAGUUACAUUAAAGUGUCCUGCACUGCUGGUGGUUGGUGACAGUUCUCCUGCCGUGGAUGCUGUGGUUGAAUGUAAUUCAAAGCUGGACCCAACAAAGACCACAUUGCUGAAGAUGUCAGACUGUGGAGGAUUUCCCCAAGUCGUUCAGCCGGCAAAGCUUACCGAAGCCUUUAAGUACUUUGUCCAGGGCAUGGGCUACAUGCCGGCAGCCAGCAUGACCAGGCUGAUGAGAUCCCGAACCAACUCUGGUGCCAGCGUCUCCUCCAUGGACGGUAAUAGGAGCCGAUCUCACACCAACGAGGGCUCCCGCAGCCGCUCCCACACCGGUGAAGGCAACCGCAGCCGAGCGCAGACUGGAGAAGGGAACCGGGGGCGCUCUCACACGGACACCAGAAUGGACGAGCACAACAACGUUAAAUCCAUGGAGGUUUCUUGUUAA